UGUUGCUCAAGCCGGACAUUAUUCGCACUCCGAACAUUUGUCGGGAAGGAUGUUUUUCGUCAAAUACCGUAGUGCUACCGACAAGCUACAAACGCUAGCAUAGCAUUGUCAGGUCGUCGCAAACGAGAAGUUGCGUGAAGCUUAAAAGAAAGUCAGACACAUGUUGCGUUCGAUUAGUCAACGCAGCGUUUGACCGCCAGCUCUUCUUAAAGAUGGACGAGCAGCAUAACAAUACAAGCUGCCUUUUGUUUGCCGUGAAGAGAUGGGUGAACAAACAUGCAUUAGUAUUAGUCUGCUGCACGGCGAGCAAAUGUGAUGGCUUUAUUUUUAAUCAGAGUAGACUAUUAGCAAGGACAUAAUUGCCAAAGUCCAUUAUUCUUUCUCCCCCACCCCUCCUUUUCUGUGGGGUCUAUUAGCUGCUUGCUAAAUGGCAGGCAGUCUGCUCAGUGCUUUAUCCAAAGUGCACUGUAGUAUUGUUUGCCUCAGAAAAUGUUCUCGCCUUUUAUUGUCAGUGCAGGCAAACCCCCUGUGAGAGCUGCAAGAAGAGGAGAAACAAGAAAGUUGAGGCACACACACACUGUUGUGAUCGCAUACCAUGACAGAUAUGUGUGUGUGUUUGGGGGGGGGCUCAGUGAAAUAAUGCAUUGCUUCUUUAUUUUGUAACGUGUACAGUUAGAAAGUACAUGCAGAACGAUUCAUCCUCGCAUAGAUGCACCUGCAAAAAAGUUGAUUUCAUCAAACUAGCAGAAAACUAAAAUAUAAAUAGCAUUUAUUGCAUUAAAAAAUAGAGUGCCAUAAUCCAGGUGAGUUAUGAAGGAAGUAAUAAGUGAAUUGUGGAUUUUAGAAACUUUAUAAAUAAAGCACGGAAAGGUCUCCUUGGUUAAAGCUCCUUCAAUCAAUAUGACCUUUAUUUGUCAUUACCCCCAUCCUUCAAAAAAAAAAAAAAAAACCUCACAUAUAACGUAGUCAAUCAUCUCCGCUUCCCCCCUCAAAGUAAAAAUAAAAAAGGAACUGCUGUCUGGUUAUUGCCAGUAUCCAUCUCAGUCGUCAGAAAAGCUGCACGUUUUUGCUGUUGUUAAGGGCUGGAAACCCCGGAAUCCCAUCGGAGUUGCACCCUAAGGAACAAAUUUAAUGCUAGAAAAACAUCCCGGCCAUCAACCAAAAAUGACGGAUUGAAAAUAAUGUCGAGCUAUCUUGGGAAUCCCCCACCAGACAAGGGAACAGACUGCAUUGUUUUUCUCAUUUAUGUGAUAUAUAGAAGAGAAAGAGGGGGGAAAAAUGGGCGAUUUAUUGGUUAGAUAGGCGUAUUCUUUCCCAUGCACCCAAGAAAUAUUGGAUUGUAAUGUCGGGAUCAAGCCACAUCAUGACACUGUUUGGAGGCAAGGUGUUCAAACAUCAGGGCAAAGGAGAUGAGGGAGCAGAAGGAGAGCCGCUGCACUCCGAAGACCGUCUCCUUGCUGAGUCCCCUGGGGAAGAUCCAAGUCAGCGGAUGUGAGAAUGGUGUGCACACCAUCCAGAUCCUAAUGGAUGUCGCACCUGCUGAAAGGAGCGGCGAGCCCCCCCAGAGCUGCUGUAUGGUCAACGGCGGCCCGGCGGAAACCGGCCCCGAGUUGUGGCGCUGCGUGGAAUGGCUCCGGGCGUACUUCGACGAGCCGCGGAGCGCCGGGAGUCUCCCGCCGCCGCCCGCCUUUCACCACCCCGCCCUGAGAGCAGGGGACCAAAUGGUGACCUUAAAAGCAGAUACGUUCACCAGUCGCGUGCUGCACGUCCUGCUGAGAGACGUGAAGAUCGGGGAAACGGUCUCCUACAAGCGCCUGGCGGAGAUGGCGGGAAACCCUGGAGCGGCGCGGGCAGUGGGAGGGGCCAUGAGGAGGAACCCCAUUCCGCUCAUCAUCCCCUGCCACCGAGUCAUUUCUAGCAGCGGCCAGAGCGGCCCGUACAUGGGCGGCAGGGGCGACCACCUCAAACAAUGGCUCCUCGCCCACGAGAGGCGGCGCGAGGACGGCUGACACGGCGGACGCCAACUCUCCUGCACUCACGCUGCAAGCAUCAAGUAUUCAAGAAAACACACACACACACACACACACACACAGUUAUGUGUAAAUAUUCAAUUUAAUUCAUAUUUUAAAGCUAAGAAUAGAGAUGCUGCAUAGUUAAUGUACUAGUGAGUUGUUGCCGAAUUAGAAUGUACAAAAAUAACUUAAACAGAAGAGUCGGAAUUACAAACAUAUGCUCCCGUGGGCCCGCGCUGCGUUUGCCAGAUAGUGCUGGAAUGCUUUUUCUAAAGCGUUAUUAUUCCCUUAAAAAUAUGUCUCUCGCAUUGUUGUUGUUGUUGUUUUUUUUCCUGAGCAGAAUUAGUCUUUGUACCUCUCGUUGGCUUUUUAAUUUCCUGCCAAGCGAGUGCUUUGUUCGACAUCCAGUGAUAAAGGCUCAGAAAUUUGCGGCUCCAAAGCUUUGUAGUGGAGUAUUUGUUUAGUCUCCAUUUAGAUCUCAUUGUUUGCCCGCGUCUCACACCUCAAGUGUCUUAUGCAUUAUAUACAGCGCUUUAGCUAAAUGCACGUGUCAAAUUAGAGCCCUUUUCAUCAUGUUUAAUUGCAUGGAUUUACAAUAAAUGGAAAAAAAGUGUUGAGCUGA